AUGCAGCAAGUUCACAAUCAUAGAUAUUCGCAGAAACCUACAGCAAUUCGGCAGCGUCCACGCACCUCCAACUCGCAAAGGUCGGAAACCAACCGUAAUACCGCUAAUGAUCGACGCGCUCUGCGACCACCUGUCGAAAAACCAGGCCUGUACCUCAAUGAGAAGGCUGUCUUCCUUUGGGAUAAGUCUCGCACGAUGAUCACAACAUCUAGCAUCAGAAGAGCCCGACAGCAUGUAAAAGAGCGUAAUACCGAUUUACUAUAUCUCCAUAAUUUAUCGGACUUUCAGUCGUAUCAUCUAGUUUAUGUGGAUGAAUCUAGAUGUGAUAAGAGGACUGGGUUUCGGCGGACAGGCUGGUCACCACUUGGCGUGGCCCCUUUGCAGGUAUCGCAGUUCCAUCGCGACCAGCGAUAUCAGAUUCUACCUGCGUAUGCGCAGGACGGGAUCAUCCUCUCGCGUGUAUUUCGCGGUGCAACUGACGGCACUGUCUUCGAAGACUCUUGA